GCCACGAAGCUCCACAUUCGCUCGGAAGGAAUGCGGUAGGCGGGGCUGCUAGACUGGUGUCAAACUUUGGGAAUGACAGGGGUGCUGAAGGAUUCGCAAAGACGGGGAAGUGUCGCCUUUGCGGGCUGUGUUUGGAUUGACUGGACUUGUUCUCCGGAUUCACCAGCGACCUUAACACAGAUAGCCUGACUUCAUCGGAUUCUUUAGCCAUGUCGGAGGACCUGAGCUCCCAACCCUGGUCCAUCAAUCGAGAUGAUUACGAGCUGCACGAGGUGAUUGGAAGUGGAGCCACUGCCGUGGUUCAAGCAGCCUACUGUGUACCUCGCAAAGAGAAGGUGGCCAUCAAACGCAUCAACCUAGAAAAGUGCCAAACAAGUAUGGAUGAACUCCUGAAAGAGAUUCAGGCCAUGAGCCAGUGCCACCACCCCAACAUCGUGUCUUACUACACAUCCUUUGUUGUGAAGGAUGAGCUGUGGCUGGUUAUGAAGCUGCUCAGUGGAGGCUCGGUGCUGGACGUGAUCAAGCACAUCAUGUCACGAGGCGAGCACAAACACGGCGUCCUGGACGAGGCCAGCAUAGCCACGGUGCUGAGGGACGUGCUCGAGGGCUUAGAGUACCUCCACAAGAACGGACAGAUCCACAGAGAUUUGAAGGCUGGAAAUAUUCUCCUUGGAGAAGAUGGCUCGGUGCAGAUUGCAGACUUUGGCGUCAGUGCCUUUCUAGCCACAGGUGGUGACAUGACCCGAAACAAAGUGCGCAAGACGUUUGUGGGGACGCCAUGCUGGAUGGCCCCCGAGGUCAUGGAGCAGGAGAAGGGUUAUGAUUUCAAAGCGGAUAUUUGGAGUUUUGGUAUCACAGCCAUUGAGCUUGCCACUGGAGCUGCACCUUAUCACAAAUACCCACCAAUGAAGGUAUUGAUGCUGACGCUGCAGAACGAUCCUCCAACUCUGGAAACGGGGAUCGCAGACAAGGAGAUGGUAAAGAAAUACGCCAAGUCUUUCAGGAAGAUGAUCUCUCAGUGUCUACAGAGGGAACCCGAAAAACGACCAACAUCAUCCGAGUUGCUGAAGCAUAAAUUCUUUCAGAAAGCAAAGAACCACGAGUACUUACUGGAGAAGCUGCUCCAAAGGGCGCCCACAAUAACGGAGAGGUCCAAAAGGGUCCGCCGAGUCCCCGGCUCCAGCGGACGACUGCAUAAAACGGUGGACGGCGAGUGGGAGUGGAGUGAUGAUGAGCUGGACGAAGAAAGCGAAGAGGGCAAAGCAGCCGUUGCAGCUUUAAGAGAGCAGCAGGUGAAGCCUGUUAGUGGCCCCAGGCGACAAGUGCGCUUCUCCUAUCCGCUCGAGCUGCCUGCACCCAGGUCGCCACGAGUGAAGGAAGGAGCACAUAAUCCAGAGAUGUUCCAGACUCCUGAACCUUUAAGUAGUCACCUUCAGCCGACGGCCACGGGUCGGGCUGAACUACCUCAGGCUGCCGGCCAGCUCCCACUGCAGCCCACACAAAUCAACGCCCAACCCGCUCCCCUGCCCAUUCCUUCCCUGCAAAGUGUUCCCUCUCAGAUUCCAUUAGCCUCAGGUGACAUUCCCACUCCCAUUAGUUUGGUAUUAAGGUUAAGAAAUCCAAAGAAGGAGCUAAAUGAUAUCCGCUUUGAGUUUAUGCCCGGACGAGACACAGCAGAUGGUGUGUCCCAGGAGCUGGUGUCAGCAGGUCUGGUGGAUGGAAAGGACUUAAUAGUAGUUGCUGCAAAUUUGCAGAAAAUAGUCGAUGAGCCUCAACCCAACAAAAAUCUCACUUUCAAGCUGGCUUCUGGAAUGGAGGGAUCUGAAAUUCCAGACGACACUAAGUUGAUGGGCUUCGCUCAGCUCACCAUUUGUUAACCUGUUGUUCUACCUGGGACCGUGACUUGCCUCAAAAAUGUGAAAAUUAAAAAAAAAAAUUCUAUUUUCCUCUUUCCAUAGUUGUAAAUAAACCCCUACUGCCAAAGAAAAUAGUACCAUUUUACUACUUGUUGGAUGAUCCAAUUUUACCUCAUUGGAUCAGAGUGGUUUCAGAAUGACCAAUGGGAGAAUGAAAGUGUUUACAGCGUAUAUUUAAGAACGACUAACAGGAAGUUGUUUUCAUUUGCCAUUUUUUUACCCCAAAUCUUUCCAGUACAUGAUGCUUUUGCACAAUCAGAACUAAAGCCCUUGAAAUCUGAUAAUCCAGAUUAUGAAUGGGAAAUUUGCCUUAUAUUCAUAAAGAACUACUGAAUGCACGUUUGGGGACGUCUCCCGUUAGCACGUGGAAAUGUACAAAUGUGGCUUCAGGUGCUGAUGCCAAACUUUUACUUUAUCUUGAGUUUUUUUUUUUUGACCAAGACAAUUAUAAAGUAAUACCAAGUUAUUAGUAUUUUCUCCUAGAACAGGGGUCGGCAACCUGUUCCCAUCAAAGAGCCAUUAUUACCCGUUUCCCACAGUAAAGAAAACACUGGGAGCCACAGCAGCCGCGGCGUUGUGGGCGGGGCCUAUCCUCAGACAGCAGAGAGCUGCUUUAACCAAUCACAACAGGUGACAGCAGCCAGUACCGGUCGCUCGUGUACGUCAAAAUUAUCUUUCAUAAGACGAUAAUCAAUAAAACGAUUUAUAUAAAGUGGAUCCAGAAGUUGUAGCCCGUCUCUGCCUACAAUAUUUUGAUAUUUUUCACCCUGUUGGUGGUUUUACUGAGCAUGUGCCACUUUUGUCAUACGUUUCUUUUUAAAACAUGUUUAGACUGUUCAGAAUACAAAUCCAGGCUCUGUCACGUUUGAUUGUUGUAAUUAAACUUUGUAGGUGGGGAAGGUCAGAAAAGUAUCCGACCAAUUUGUUUUUCCCUCAUUUACAGUGACGGAGAUAACGGCGCAGUGCGCCUGGCUCUGGUGUUAAUCAAGUUAAAUUAUAUCUCUUUGUAACAAUUUUCCCAAGAAAACAGAACAGUUAAAAGCAGGGCAUGUGUUGUUUUGACCGGAUAGUUCCCAUAUUUGACCGUUUAUUUUGACGGAGAAAGAAUAGAAAGAAUUACCCCGACGCAUGCAGACGAACUGACAUUUUAUUCAUUUCGCACAUCGCAGAUGUAGCUAAAUCACUCAAGAAAAGAUUCCCAUCUGAACAUCUGAGCUGGACACUGCUCAACGCAGCUCACUGUCAGCGCAUACGUACGGUGCACAACGAGCUGAAGAUGUGGAGAGGGGUUUGGAGAACGUCGCAGAACCAAAGCGUAUGCAGGAAGAUUCCUCCGACUGAAACGAGACUUGUCACUUAGAAAAUGUUCCCUGAUUACGAAACUUUGGCUGAAUAGCGCUUGUUCCUGUCUCCAAUGUGGCGACACAUCCAGGAGCCGUCUGAGGAGAAUCCCAGAAUCUGACAUCCUCGUCAGCUCAGAAAGCGCCUACGAUUACGCACAAGCGUGACCCGUCAACCCGGUUUCACAGUAAGACCGGGUUGGAACUGUUCAGGAUUACGCAGACAAUCUUUACAUUUAGAAUUGGCAUACAGAUGUAAAAUUAAUGCAGUAAAAUAUGAAGCAUUUUAUUUAAAUAUCCAUUCAUUAUUUUACAAGCACAGAGAGCCGCAUCAGAUGGAUGGAAGAGCCGCAUGCGGCUCCAGAGCCGCGGAUUGCCGACCCCUGAGCUAGAAGGAUGUGAUCACAAUAGCAGUUUUUACAGUGUAGAGUUAGUUUUAACACCAUCUGUCUUUCUGUGACUCAGAAAAACUUCAUUAGACUUAAAAUUUAAAAUUAGGAUAUUUUGAGAAGAAACAUUUCCUGAAACAUAUGUUUUGUCAAACAUACAUUAAUACUGGAUGUUUUAAAUAUUUGUAUUUAUUGUAACACAUUUUUAUUUAGAAGAAAAAAAAAGUCAACUGUUUCGCCCAUUAACAAAUAUUAUGUUAAACGAGCAAUCUCAGCCAUUUACAGGUGUUUCAUUGGCAAAGUAAAAAAUAAUCUGUAUUACCGUUUGUGGGGAGCUUCCUGAACAGCCUCUGUUUGGAGAAAUGAGGUUUACUUUCAUCAUAACUGAUAAGCUAACGGCUAGUUGGACUGCAUCCGAGACCAAGGUAUGUUAUCUUAAAAUGGCUUCAGUCUACAAAACCUCAAUGCUGUUUAUGCAACUUUUUAAAAUGUAACAUUUACGUUGCUGUUGACUUGACAUGACAUGUUUAGUUUAGCUGCUUGUAAUAGUUAUACUUGUAAAUAACUAAUAUAAACUAGAAGCUGUUUUGGUCUUGGCUAACUAGCUGUUUGCACAUCACUCCUUUUGGACAGCAACUUUAUUUCUUUAAACUGAGGUUGUUCAGGAAGCCAUCUUUAAUGUGAUAUUUACACAGGAAGCAACAUACCUAAUAUUGGCCUGAAUAUCCUUUUAAAGGAUACACCACUACAAUGGAUAUCAAAUGAAACGAACAAGAUGUGCUUUAACUGCAGACUGUCAGCUUUUAUUUGAGGGUAUUUACAUCCAAAUCAGGUGAACGGUGUAGGAAUUACAACAGUUAGCAUAAGUGCCUCCCACUUGUUAAGGGACCAAAAGUAAUGGGACAAUUGGCUCCUCAGCUGUUCCAUGGCCAGGUGUGUGUUAUUCCCUCAUUAUCCCAAUUACAAUGAGCAGAUAAAAGGUCCAGAGUUCAUUUCAAGUGUGCUAUUUGCAUUUGGAAUCUGUUGCUGUCAACUGUCAAGAUGAGACCCAAAGAGCUGUCACUAUCAGUGAAGCAAGCCAUCAUUAGGCUGAAAAAACAAAAGAUACCUAUCAGAGAUAGCAAAAACAUUAGGUGUGGCCAAAACAACAGUUUGGAACAUUCUCAGAAAGAAGGAACGCACCGGUGAGCUCAGCAACACCAAAAGACCCGGAAGACCACGGAAAACAACUGUGGUGGAUGACCGAAGAAUCCUUUCCCUGGUGAAGAAAACACCCUUCACAACAGUUGGCCAGAUCAAGAACACUCUCCAGGAGGUAGGUGUAUCUGUGUCAAAGUCAACAAUCAAGAGAAGACUCCACCAAUACAGAGGGUUCACUACAAGAUGUAAACCAUUGGUGAGCCCCAAAAACCGGAAGGCCAGAUUAGAGUUUGCCAAACAACAUCUAAAAAAGCCUUCACAGUUCUGGAACAACACCCUAUGGACAGAUGAGUGAUAGGAAGAGAAGAGUAUGGAGAUGGAAAGGAACUGCUCAUGAUCCUAAGCAUUCCACCUCAUCAGUGAAGCAUGGUGCUGGAAGUGUCAUGGCGUGGGUAUGUAUGGCUGCCAGUGGAAUUGGUUCUCUUGUAUUUAUUGAUGAUGUGACUGCUGGCAAAAGCAGCACGAUGAAUUCUGAAGUGUUUCGGGCAAUUUUAUCUGCUCAUAUUCAGCCAAAUGCCUCAGAACUCAUUGGACGGCACUUCACAGUGCAGAUGGACAAGACCCAAAGCAUACUGCAAAAGCAACCAAAGAGUUUUUGAAGGGAAAGAAGUGGACUGUUUUGCUAUGGCCAAGUCCGUCACCUGACCUGAAUCUGAUUAAGCAUGCUUUUCACUUGCUGAAGACAAAACUGAAGGGAAACUGCCCCAGGAACAAGCAGGAACUGAAGACUGUUGCAGCAGAGGCCCGGCAGAGCAUCACCAGGGAUGAAACCCAACGUCUGGUGAUGUCUGUGUGUUCCAGACUUCAGGCUGUAAUUGACUGCAAAGGAUUUGCAACCAAGUAUUGAAAUGUAUAAGUUUGAUUUAUGGUUCUUAUUCUGUCCCAUUACUUUUGGUCCCUUAACAAGUGGGAGGCACAUAUGCAAGCUGUUGUAAUUCCUACACCGUUCACCUGAUUUGGAUGUAAAUACCCUCAAAUAAAAGCUGACAGUCUGCAGUCAAAGCACAUCUUGUUCGUUUCAUUUGAUAUCCAUUGUGGUGGUGUAUAGAGCCAAAAAUGUUAGCAUUUUGUCGAUGUCCCAAUAUUUAUGGGCCUGACUGUAAAUACUUUGUCAGUCAACCACACCUUUAAAAUUCAUGUCCAAUAAUAAAAAUAAUUUGUGUUUUAAGUAAAUUUCCCUAAAGAAAAUAAAGAAUUGUUAAUGUGUGUUUAAAAUGAAUAUUUAACCUUUAGUGUGUAAAUAGUUAAACCAGGUUUUGAUCUGGAUUGACUCAAAUUAGUGGAGGCUAAAUACAUUGACUUUGAUUCAUAGACUACUCCUAAUACACAAUUCCUCUUUAAAGGUUAAGAUGUGUGUUCCCUGAUUUUUUUUUAGCUGACUGACAGCAAAAUUGUCCCCUGAGGCUGAGACUGUUGACACAUACCUGUUAUAUUAGUAAUAAAGAACCCACUAAACUGAUUAAAAAGCAGCCAUGAUUGUAAACAGUUUUACUGAUGAGGGAUUUGUUUGGAGUCUAAUGAGAAAAAGGCCUUUAUCAGCACAGAUGUUACAUAUCCUUUCAUCCGCUCUGGGUGGCUUCGUGCAUUAUUCUGCAUAAACGACACGAUCCGAGUGACGUGUGUCUUUUGCACUUAUUGAUGCUGAAAGCACUGUAUUUAUCUAAUCGUCUGCUUUGUGUGAAGAUCUGAGAUGCCAGCAAAGUUUUGGGAAUUUAAUUUGGGGAGGUGGCGGCAUCAUAACCCUCCAUGUGCCAUAUUGAAUGAACUUAAAUGUAUUUUUUUUUUGCCUGCAGAGAAUAAAUACGAGGAAAGCUUUUGAAUUUUGCCUAUGAAGAUGUAAAAAUUUGCUCUGACCUUAAAUAAAAAAAUACCAAGUAUUCUUUUAUUUUCAUGGAGAGGUUUUGAUUUAUAUUCUGUGUCUUAAAAAAUGCUCAUAUGACGAUUCCUGAAACAAAAGAAAUUGUCCCUGAAGAGAGGAGACGGGCAGCAGCCGUGGUCGUAACAGUCGUAGGAUUUGGUGAUGUUCUCUUGGUUUUACUCUGCAGCUGAUGGACAGUAUUGUGUGUGUGUGUGUGUGUGUGUGUGUGUGUGUGUGUGUGUGUGUGUGUGAGCCUUGUCUGUGAUGUAGAUGAAAAUCUAAUAACUUUAAUCUCACCUUUUCUUUGUCUCUUCUGUCCAACAAAACUGUAGCAACUAAACAGAAAAUUGGCAAAACCCCUUUUGUCCAGAAUGUAACUGAGUUUGUAACAUAUUAGAUUUUUUUAAAUCAUUUUUUAUGUUUCUGUAUUUUUCAUUCUUUCAUUGCUUUUAUUUGAGGGAUUGUUUAGAAUUCAACCAUGUUUCUCUUGAUUAUUUAUAAUCAAUAAAGGAUGAAGAUAUUAGUCUCAAA